AUGAUAUUUAUCAUCAUCCGCGACCGGAAAGCGGUAACUACGGAUCACGUGCUGUAUUAUCACCAGCAGCUAUUUGGUACCAGAGCGCCGAAUAUAAGGAGCAGAAUCGUCCGGAAGUAUCCCGUAUUGGUUUUCAUACACGGAGAAUCGUACGAGUGGAAUUCUGGGAACCCGUAUGACGGUCGAGUAUUGGCCAGCAAUGCGGAAUUGGUUGUGGUCACGUUGAACUACAGACUGGGCAUAUUGGGUUUUUUGAAUGCCAAUGAUUCGCCCAACACUAGAGCUCGUGUGGCCAACUACGGCCUUAUGGAUCAAAUAGCUGUGCUCCACUGGGUGCAACAGAAUAUUGCACUGUUCGGUGGCGAUCCGGAGAACGUUUCUUUGAUGGGUCACGGACCCGGAGCCGCCUGCAUAAACUUCUUGAUGAUAUCACCGACCGUUGUUCCAGGACUUUUCCGUCGAGCAAUACUGCUGUCGGGCUCAGCGCUGAGCAGCUGGGCUCUAGUCGAAGACCCCGUUUCGUAUGCACUAGACCUGGCCAAGCAAGUGAAUUGCACAAUCGACGGGACCGGAAACAAUCCGGAACCGAUUGUGGAUUGUCUGCGGGAAGUGCCCCUGGACUUGUUGAUGUCCGCCGGCGUCGCGUUACCCACGUACCUGAGUGCAUUCGGACCCAGUGUCGACGGUGUGGUGGUCAAGAGCAACUACCAGGAGGACGUCAUCACCAAUCUGCUACCAGAGUUUGACGGAUACAGUGGGUCCAGCGUGGCUUUCGGUGCCCGUAAGUUUCAAAAGUUUGAGUUUGGCAGUGGCAUCAACAAAUACGACUUAUUAUUCGGUGUCGUCACUAGCGAGGCGCUCUGGCGAUUCAGCUCCAACGACAUACAGGCUGGCUUCGAAGGUGACCGCCGAGACAAAAUCCUGCGUACGUAUGUCCGGAACGCAUACAGUUAUCACUUGUCCGAGAUAUUCUUUACCAUCGUCAACGAAUAUACGGACUGGGAGCGAACUGUCCUGCAUCCGAUAAACACCAGGGAUGCGACGAUUGCGGCUCUGAGCGACGCCCAGUACGUGGCGCCUUUAGUGCACACGGGUGACAUGCUCAGCCAGCCAAAGACAUCGGUUGCCGAUGACCUCAACAAAGAACGGAGGACCAAAUCAUUUUUCUACGUAUUCGACUAUCAGACCAGGGACGGUGACUAUCCUCAGAGGAUAGGUACUGCCCACGGAGAAGAACUUCCAUAUAUGUUUGGCGCUCCAAUGGUAACUGAUGGCAUGAAUCAUUUUUCCAGAAAUUUCACAAAAGCAGAAGCUUUAUUGUCUGACGCUAUGAUACUCUACUUGGGAAACUUCGCAAGAACUGGGGAUCCAAACGAUCACGAUGAUAAGCCCGAUUCCGGAUCCAAAGAGCGGAACAGGUUUCGAAGCGUAACAUGGGAUGAAUAUGAUCCGGUGCAUCAAAAGUAUUUAGAAAUAAGCAUGAAGCCCCGGAUGAAGAACCACUUCCGGGCGCACCAGCUGUCCGUGUGGUUACGGCUCAUACCGGAACUGCACCGGGCCGGCAUGGAGGACGUGAUGCUCCGACACAACUUGUUCCGGAAUCACGACGACGCGGAACUGUACGAAGGCGUAGUGAGGCCUGAUCCGCUGUCCAGGCGGGCGCCGCAGCGAGCAACGGUCAACCGAUUUACGGCCAAUGGUACGGUGGCCGAGGUGGUGCAAUCGUUGACGACCACGGGACGGCCGCAGUGGCCGGCGGUGGAAACUACCACGUGCCUGCCGCCGUCGCGCGGCUCGAACGCGGCCAAUGUGUCCACGUCGGCCGAAGACGCGCUGGCCACACUCGGUGCGGCUGGUUACGCGGCCUACUCGACGGCACUGCACGUGACCAUCGCGCUAGGCGUGUCACUGCUAGUGCUCAACGGCCUACUGCUGGUGAUCAUAUGCUACCAGAAGGACAGGUUUAAGUGUUUGCAAAACCCCCAGCACCAGCAGACGGCCAGMGGACAGGAGGAGUCGGUCAGGUACAAGGCGGCCACCGUUCCGGACGACCGACUGCAGCAAUCGGCCGCGGCGUCGGUCGACAAGGCGGGCGGUUACGACGGUCGCCAUCAUCACCUGCAGCACCAUCACCAUCCACCGGGCCAGCAGAUGCACCUGGCCGCGGACGCCGUGGCCGUGGACAUGGAACAAAGGCAUCACCACCUCCACGGGACUGGUGGCCACCAUCAGCACCAUCACAUGCACCACCAUCACGUGCCGACUGUCGUCGGUGGACAGCAUACAACGCCGCCUCAGACAACCGCGACGAUGACGACGACCACGCAACAACAACAGUUGUCGGCGGCCACAGCGGCGGUGCGCAUGGCGGCCGGACACGACAUGACGUUCCCGAAAGCGGCCAAACCGUCGUCCAGACUUCUGCAUGACCACCAGGUCGGUGGCGGGGGUGGCUGUCCACCCAACGGGUCGCUGGUGCACGGCACGCUGCCCAAACCACCUCCGCCACCCCGGUCUUCGGUGGGGGUGCAAUCGCAGGAGUCGCAGCCUCUGCUCGUGCAGCAGGGCGUGGGCAUCAGUCAGAUGCCCAAAACCGGUACGCUCAAGAUGCCCGUGGCCGCCAUGAGCGAAAUGAGGGUCUGACCGUCGCUGCGGUCGCUUCUAUUGCACCUGCAGUCGCUGUGCUCGUGCCGAUUAUUGGUGCAUUCCACGUGCAAUAAUAUUAUUAUUAUGUAAUACGAUCGUUAUUGUUUUAGUACGUCGUGUUCGUUGUUUUUAUGGUUGUAAUUGUCGUUGUCGUGGUUGUGGUUGUGGUCUACCCUGCAGAAAAUAAAAUUAUAUUAUUAUGUACCUACUUCACAUUUUAAACUUGAGGCGUGUGAAGUGUGGCUGUCUUCCAACACGGUUCAUCGUACCGGCAAAUGACGCCAGUUAUGCCUAUAUAUUCGUACCCCGGCUCUGAUACCGCCGCCGUAUAUCACCAUCUGCGGUAUCAUUACCAUGUAAAUAACUAGAAUAUAAAUAUAAUAAUAAUAAUAAUAUAAAUAUUUUAAUAAUAAUAUAAAUAUUACAAUAAUAAUAUUAUAACAAUAUAUAUUAAGUCGUUAAUGAUUCCGAUGCAUAACAUUGUUAUUGUGUCGUGUUAUGCGCAUUAUUAUGGUUCGUCAUUGUCGUAUAGUAGCCGAAAAACAGUAUUUCAAUAUUAUUUUGAUUUGUUCGUUUUAAUUAGAUUAGUAUAAUAUUUGUCAUUUUAUUUUAUCAUAAUAUAAUAGCAGAUAAUGUAUUAAUUGUUAUAAUAUAAUAUAAUAUAGUCGGUCGCGUUUGACUGUAGGUACACUUUUUUGUCUUGUUCUUGUUCUGUAAUAUUUUAUUUGCGCAAAGGUGGUGUCCCUGUCGAGGUGGAUCCACAACGAUAUUGUUACCAGUCCGUUUUUGUCCAUGCAACGUUAACGACAACGUGUCUGGACUUGUUUGUAAUUAUUUAAGUUUUCGAAAACAUUUAUCAUCGUUAAUUAUGGCGAAAACAUGCACUAUAGUUCCGACGACCGUGUAGGUAAUAUGUCAUAGACUUUAGACAAUCCAAAUAAUGAAAUAGUCAAAAAUCGUGUGCUAAUCGUAAAUAAAUAUUAUUAUGAUAUUAUCAUGUCGAAUGGAAAGUAAAACGAACACCUUUAAAUACAACGAUUUCGUCGUUUGUGAGGGAAUUUAUGACUACUCUGGUGGGUUUAUCGUUUGGGUGCAAAAAAUGACAUCAGCUGCAGAUCUACUCGCUAUCAAAAUAUUAAACCGUAGAAGCUGCUGCUCAACAAAUCCAACACGACAACUCGUUGAACAAUAUAUAAUAUAAAUAACUAUUAAAAUAUUAUAUUAUAACAGCUGAUGCUAUUGGUUUAUAGCAAAUUAUAGCUGUGGGAAGAAUCAUAAAUAGAAAAAUACAUUAAAUUGUAAUAUUGUUUUCAAUGAUAAUAUUCUAGGUGGAUAGUCGAUGAAAAUUAAAAUUAACUCCCGUAAAUGUAGAUGCCUCUAUACUAUUAAUAAUGCGUACUUAAAUGUGUUUUACUUUUAGCUAUGUUCGACUAAGCUUUUUUACAAUGCUCGAUUGAUAUUUUAUUUUAAACAAUUAAAUUAUCUAAGCCAAAUUGUUUUUAUCGUGUAACAUAACAUACCUACAUUAUUUGCUCCGCGUCAUGUUUAAAAUUUGUGAUUAAAAUCUGACAUAAUAUUUUAUAAAUAAUAAAACGUUUACUCGUCAGUGUUGCUGAGUACAAUAGUCAUUUCGUUCAGAGUAUAAAUCGUGUCCAUUGCAACUGUUUAAUUAUCAAUCAUAUAUUAUUAUGCAGGCGAAUGAUUCGCGUUUUGUACGGAUUUACUGUGCAUUACUGCAGCCGUGUACGCCUGUCAAAAGUAUACGUGAAAUGUCUCUCUAAUUUCAGA